ACAAGAAUCGAACAUUCAUUUAGGUGGAAUAUUUAAAGACGAGAAAAUGGCAGCAAAUGGACGAGUGAUCAUAAUAGCAAUGCUAAUGGUGGCUAUGGUAAUGAACAUGACAUGGUGUGUCAACAGCAAAGGCUUUGUUAACUUAGGAAUUAGUCCUGAAGAACUACAGAGUUGCAUCAAGACUUGUAUUCCGGAACAAUGCAUGCCCGAGGCUAAUAAUCUGACCGUGUGUGAGAAAGCAUGUCACAAAUAUUGCAACCGACCUGCUAUGUCGUUCAAGCCCAACUAUGUCGUUCCUGUAGAUGGAAAUGAUGUUGGGUUUAUAAAAGCUGCUUUUUGCAAGCUAUGGUGUGAAGAAAACUAAUUCUUUCUUUUUAAUGGUGCUAAAAUUUAAUUAAACCUCUUCUUAUCAAUGAGCUCAACAUCUAUUAUUUUCUUUAAUUGGAUUUGGUGAGUUUUAAUAUGUGACAAAAUACUGACUUGUAUAUCCUAAUGUUGAGUGUGUUUUGUCAUCAUCGUAUUAUUGAUG